AUAAAAUCAAAACCUAAAUUUACAAUGCACGACCGGACCCCUCCCUCACUCUCUUUUCUUCCUUUGUUAUUUUCUCCUCAAUUCCCUGUGCAGCCGUGGCCCUCUUCCCCACCAUCACCAUAAUUUUUCAACUGCAGCCACCCUGCCUGCUACCUCCGGUCACCGGACAACCACCUUCUUCCGGAACUAUUAUGAAGGUCUCUACACUUGGUAAGAUCUAUAAUCCCAUUAGAUACAAGUAUCUCGCCUGAGAGAAGAAGACGCCAACGGACCAUCGGAGAAGAUACUAAGCUUAUCAGUAUGGUUUAUACUGUUAACUUCUCAAUGUAGUUUUGGGAGAGGGAAUAGUUGCUUCUCAAUGAAGAUGUGCUUGAGGAACCCAGGAUUAAUAUCACACUAUGACCUUAAGUUCUGUUGCAUUUUCGCUCGUAAAAAGUUAACAUCUUUGUCUAAUGGGCCUUACUCUGAAGUGGAUGUGAAAGUUGACUCUAAUCAAGGUAAUUCAGCAAAUAGUUGGGGUGUAAGACAAGUUGUAGAUAAAGUCUGCUGUGUGUUGGACACUGGUCCUUGGGGACCUGCCAUUGAGAAUGCUCUAUCCAUGCUUGAUGAAAAACCUAUGCCAGAUAUAGUGAUUGGAGUUUUAAGGAGGCUGAAGGAUGUUAACAUAGCAGUAAAUUAUUUUCGGUGGGCUGAGAGAAUAAUAGACCAACCACAUCCUCCUGAUGCUUAUAAUUCCCUGCUUAUGAUAAUGGCUCGAACAAGAAACAUUGAUUGUUUGGAACAAAUUAUCGGAGAAAUGAGUCUUGCCGGGUUUGGGCCAUCUAAUAGCACAUCUAUCGAGUUAGUUGUUAGCUGUAUCAAGUCACGUAAUUUGAGAGAAGCCUUCAAUGUCAUAGAAAUCAUGAGGAAGUUCAAAUUCCGCCCUGCUUUUUCGGCGUACACAACCCUGAUUGGUGCUUUGUCUGAAGCUCAUGAAUCUGAUCUCAUGCUCACUCUCUUUCAUCAAAUGCAGGAGCUAGGUUACGAAGUAACUGUCCAUAUAUUUACGACUCUUAUUGGUGCAUUUGCCAAGGAGGGCCGACUUGAUGCUGCUCUUUCUCUGUUGGAUGAGAUGAAGAGCAAUUCUUUUGAUGCUGAUAUUGUUCUUUAUAAUGUUUGUAUAGACUGCUUUGGCAAGGUAGGAAAGUUAGACAUGGCCUGGAAGUUUUUUCACGAGAUGAAAGCACAAGGUUUAAUGCCUGAUGAUGUGACUUAUACAAGCAUGAUUGGGGUUCUUUGGAAAGCUGGUAGGCUGGAUGAGGCUGUGGAAAUCUUUGAACAGAUGGAGCAAAACAGAAAAGUCCCAUGUGCAUAUGCUUAUAACACCAUGAUUAUGGGUUAUGGCUCAGCUGGAAAGUUUGAUGAAGCAUACCGUUUACUCGAGAGACAGAAAGGGAAGGGUAGCAUUCCAAGUGUAGUUGCUUAUAAUUGCAUUCUGACUUGUCUUGGGAAGAAGGGGAAAGUGGAGGAAGCAUUGAGGGUCUUCGAGGAGAUGAAGAAAGAUGCAAUGCCCAAUCUUUCGACCUAUAAUAUACUGAUAGACAUGCUUUGUAAAGCAGGAAACCUCGAUUCUGCUUUGCAGGUUCGGGAUGCCAUGAAAGAAGCUGGCUUGUAUCCUAAUAUCGUUACUGUAAAUAUCAUGGUCGAUAGACUUUGUAAAGCUCAAAAACUUGGUGAAGCUUGUGCUAUAUUUGAAGGAAUGGAUCACAGAGUGUGUGCCCCAAAUGACUUUACUUAUUGUUCUCUUAUUGAUGGCUUGGGCAAACACGGUAGAGUAGAUGAUGCCUAUAGGCUUUAUGAAAAGAUGUUAGAUUCUGAUCAGAUUCCAAAUGCUGUUGUGUAUACAUCGCUUAUUAUGAACUUCUUCAAGCGGGGCAGGAAGGAGGAUGGUCACAAGAUAUACAGAGAAAUGAUUAGCUUUGGUUGUUCUCCUGAUCUGAUGCUCCUUAAUACAUACAUGGAUUGUGUUUUCAAAGCGGGAGAAGUUGAGAAAGGUAGGGCUCUAUUUGAGGAAAUAAAGGCUAGAGGAUUUGUUCCAGAUGUGAAAAGCUACUCAAUACUAAUUCACGGCCUUGUGAAAGCUGGUUUUUCUCAUGAAACUUAUGAGUUGUUCUAUGCAAUGAAGGACCAGGGCUGUGUUCUGGACACCCGUGCUUACAAUGCUGUAAUCAAUGGUUUCUGCAAAUCGGGCAAGGUGAACAAGGCAUAUCAGCUACUGGAUGAAAUGAGGACAAAAGGUCAUCAACCAACCCUUGUCACCUAUGGUUCAGUUAUUGAUGGGCUUGCUAAGAUUGACAGGCUUGAUGAAGCAUACAUGCUUUUUGAGGAAGCAAAAUCAAAUGGCCUUGAGCUAAAUGUAGUUAUCUAUGGUAGUCUUAUUGACGGUUUUGGGAAAGUGGGCAGAAUUGAUGAAGCAUAUCUAAUCAUGGAAGAGAUGAUGCAGAAAGGUUUGACGCCCAAUGUGUACACUUGGAACUGCUUGUUUGAUGCACUGGUGAAAGCAGAGGAAAUCAAUGAAGUGCUUGUCUGCUUUCAGUCCAUGAAAGACUUGAAAUGCUCUCCAAAUCAUAUAACUUAUAGCAUUCUCAUAAAUGGUCUCUGCGGGGUUAGAAAAUUUAACAAAGCAUUUGUGUUCUUGCAAGAGAUGCAAAAGCAAGGGUUAAAACCCAAUGUCAUCACAUACACUACCAUGAUCUCGGGGCUUGCAAGAGCUGGGAACAUUUCAGAGGCUCAUGAGCUAUUUCAUAGAUUUAAAGCAAACGGAGGUGUACCUGAUUCAGCUUGUUAUAAUGCACUGAUAGAAGGGUUAAGCAAUAUGAAUCAGGCACUGGAUGCAUAUAAACUUUUUGAGGAAACUCGGUCGAAAGGUUGUGAUAUUCAUACCAAAACCUGCGUCGUUCUUUUAGAUGCUCUGCAUAAGGCUGAAUGUCUUGAGCAGGCAGCAAUUGUUGGGGCUGUCUUGAGAGAAAUGGCAAAAUCUCAACAUGCUGCAAGGCAUUGGUAGUAUUUUUUGUUUCAUUUAAUUACUAAAGAGAGUUGUGUUGUCUCUGACGAACAUUGGCUGCCAUAAAGUGUUUUCUCAUGCUGCUGAUGAGUAAUGCGCCAUAAUGGAUGGUUUCUCUACUCACUUCCUCAGUUGGUUUAAGAUGCUAUUGUAAAGGCACAAGCCAUGCAAGAAAUUGUACCAUGCACAAACAAAUGUGAGUAUGUGACCACUUCAAGCAAAGAGCUUGCAACAAUUGUGUUCUUGUGGCCCACCCAUCAUCAAUUUGCUUCAAGAACCAGAAAUUCGGUUUUUUGGUCCCCCUUUCAUCUCUUGGAUUACAGGAUGCUAUGUUUGCAUGCGAAUUUUGGUCUGAGAAAGGUGGUAUCAAUUCAUAGCAUUAUCAUGAGGUGAAUGUUUCCAUGAGUGUAAAAUUGAAUGGUUGGGUGAUCGGUGAUAACCUUGAAAAUUAUUGGUGAAGAAGACACACAACCUUUUUUUGCUGCGGUAGAGGCAGUCCUCAUUCUGGGCCUAUCUUGCUGGAGAAAAUGCAAACUUCACUUCUGAAUGCAACCGAGACAGAACACAAACUUUCUGUUUUGCAGGUGUUUUGUAUAAGAGUCACAAGACCAAGGUGCCCGACUUUUUGUAACAAUCUUUCUGCAUAUUUUUAAUUAAGUACCAGUAACUUCUUUGAAGCUUAAUUAUCAUUUACUGCCAUGCAAUAAGGUGUAAGGUUGUAAUAAGAAGUGCCUAUAUGUUGCUCUCUAUUAUAUAGCCCUAAUUGGAAUGUUUUCUUCACCAAAUUUGAUUUCCUCAAAUAAUAGUGCCUCUAUUAAAUACUGUUCA